AUGAAGAAGAUUUUCUCGAAGUUCGAGAAAAAUGAGAAACUGGAAGGCGCGAGCGUGACAAAAGAAUCCAGCAAUUAUGUGGGAAAAUCAUUUACCGUUGGCCGGGUCACGGUCACGGUGGAGGAUGUCUUGGCCGAAGGAGGCUUUGCCAUGGUUUUUCUAACUAAAGCGAAUUCUGGGAAUGCACGAUAUGCUUUGAAGAGGAUGUAUGUGAAUAAUGAACACGAUCUCAAUGUGGCCAAACGUGAAAUUCAAAUAGCUAGUAAUUUGAGUGGACAUAAAAACAUUAUUGGUUACAUUGACUCUAGUAUUACCCCGACUGGCAACGGAGUUUAUGAGAUCCUGUUGCUUAUGCCCUACUGUAAGAAUCAUGUAUUGGCCAUGAUGAAUGCAAGACUGUCUGUUGGUUUUACGGAACAAGAAGUUCUAAUGAUAUUCUGUGAUAUAGCUGAAGCUGUUUCCCGAUUGCACUAUUGUCAAACGCCUAUUAUUCAUCGUGAUCUGAAAGUUGAAAACAUUCUACAAAACGAUGCUGGAAACUUUGUACUCUGUGAUUUUGGUUCGGCCACCGCAAAAGUUUAUAAUCCUACUGUGCAUGGUGUGAAUGUAGUUGAGGAGGAGAUAAAACGUUAUACAACGUUAUCAUAUCGAGCUCCAGAAAUGGUUGAUUUGUAUUGCGGUAAAAGUAUCACUACAAAGGCCGAUAUUUGGGCGUUAGGCUGUUUAUUGUAUAAGUUAUGCUUCUUUACUUUACCAUUUGGAGAGAGUACAUUGGCUAUACAGAGCGGUAACUUUUCCAUUCCUGAUAAUUCAAAGUAUUCAAAAGGCAUGCAUCAAUUGAUAAAAUUCAUGUUGGAACCGGAUUUGGAGAAGAGGCCUAAUAUCUAUCAAGUUUGUUCGAUAGCUUUUAAAUUGACUGGGAGGGAUAAUCCAGUGCAGAAUUUACAUAAAUCACCCUUACCCUUGUUGGAUCAAUUACUUGUACCACCAUUUGAAUCCGAAAUAAAACGAGCUUUAAGUGCAGCCAAGAACGCCGAAAAGAUCAAAACUCAAAACACUCCCCUAGUCGAAUCCGGCACGAGUGUAGCACCACGCCAAAGACCGAAAGGUAGUUCAGCACAUGCACAAAAAACAACGUUACCAAUUGGCUUACCGCCAAGCCCAUCACCGCGUAACACAAUAUCAUCUCCUCAGCCGGUUGCCGAAUCGUUUCAAGCAAAUUUCCCUGCUUUACCGCAACAACCGCAGCCGCAACCGCCAUGUCAAGCGCAACCACCUGCACAAGUUGCACAACAGCAAACAGCACCCACAAUUCCAACUCCUGUUAAUAACAUCGUACCGAGUUCGCAUCAACAAGGUCAACAAAUUCAACAACCGCAGCAGCCACAACCACAUCCACAACAACAGCAUGUAGUCGGUUCAGCAAAUGCGGGAAAUUUGGCGAAUUCAAAUCUGUCACAAGCAAAUUUGGAUAGUUUAUUCGAAUCGAAUUUCCCAGAUCCGUUCAGGGAAUCGUCGAGUGGUAGUUCACCAAAUCCGAGCGUAUCAUCGCAAGGGGCGGGCGAUGGCCAAUCUGUUCCACAGGACGUCGUGAUGCCAUUAUCAUCAGGCAUGAUUGUUGGCACACCGACGAAAUUAGCUGCUCCGAAAGUAGGACAUAGGAGAAAUGUUAGUGAUACGUCAGCAUUUAAUAAAUCAUUUGCAAAUGAGACGUCACAAUUUCUCGCUCCUUAUGAUCAAUCUGUGAACAAAACAAAUAUCGGGGCAGAGUCACCUAACAGCCUAACACAAAAUCAGUAUACCAGUGGUUCCGGUCUAUUUCCAAUCGAACAGAAUGCGCAAAAUGCUCGCCUUAACGUACAAUCAAUGUCAGCUUCAGUAUCAAAUAGUGAAUUGUCUAGUAAUACAGCAACGGCCUCUGGUUCACUCGAGGGACGCAUCGACAUGGCCUCCUGGAAUCCAUUCGAAGAACAACCAUUUAGUCAAAUGUCUGAGGAUCAUAUUUUCGAUGCAGAAUUCGAUAAGAUCCGACAGAGAGGAAGUCAAGGAAGUAUUACCGCAAAAUCAACCUCUACCACUUCAACUAUCACGCCUACUGACACUACUAGCCAACUGUCUACUACCACUUCCACUCCACAACAAUCGCAAUCACAGUCGCAGCAAUCACAACAACAAUUUCAUCCCCAAAUUCCUGAAGAUCCCUUUGGUUCAGCGCCAUUCAGUUUGCCACCUGGAUUGCGUGAGAAAGCAGCUGCAUUGAAAAAAACUGGAGUUUAUUUGGGCCGACGAUAUAACUGAAUUCAAAGUGUUCCUUACCAAAACUACAUACGUAGGAGAAACUAGUUGUGAACACACACGUAGAAAACCUAAUGAAAAAACCAGACAAAUUUAAUUAAAAUGAUCAAAACUUUCUGCAAUUGGGAAGAAAAAAUUGAAAGAAAACAACAGAGAAAGAUCAUUGUUUAAUUUUCUUCCACUUUUUUGAUUAUUUUUUGGCUUUAGAUAUACAUAUUUUUCCAUCGUUAUGUAUUUUUUCGUUUUUAUGUUUUAAAUAUUAAUACCUAAUGAAAAUUCUAAUCUAUUUUUUAAAUAUGUCUAGUCAUGCUAAUUUUACUUUUUUUGAAAAAAAGUAUUCAAACCUAAAGCUGUUGAAAAAUGCUGAUAUCGAUGUGAAAGUUUCUUUCCUGCAAUAUGUUGAACAUAACCACUUUUGUCUGUGUAAAUACUUCAAAGAAGAUAUGUAUAAAGUAGAUAAAUAUUAAAAAAAAAAGAAACUUAAACUGACAUUAGAUUUCACUUUGUUCCUUUUUUUAACCAGGAAGAUAUAUUUGUUCGAUUAAUAUUUAACGUAACGUUCAAAAACGGGCUCAUGUGGUGUUGACUAUGUAAUCUACGCCUUCACGCCAUUGAUGCUAACAACGAAACAUUACAAAAAUAUAGAUUAUGUAACAUUUUCCUAACAAAUUCCAAAAUUACCAUAAUUUAGUAUUAAAAUUAAAGACAUUUAGCUUAUUUUCUAUAGUUUUAUGUCAUUUUACAAUAUACAUCACAUGCCUUACUAAAUAUUGGUUCGAAUUUUAUGAACUCAAAUGGGUAAUUCAUAGCAUAAUAUAAAAACCUCUUACCUAUCCGUUACUAAAAAAAUAUGGCCAAAAUAAUACAUGCAACAUUUUCAAUAAUAAAUGAAAAUUCAUAUCACAUAUUUACAUCUAUAAUAGCCACACAAUUGCUUUACUUACAUUUUUUUAUUCACAACGGCAAAUGGAAAAGUAUUUAAAUUGAAUAAAAUCUGUCUGGUUUUCAGCAAUCGUGUAAAAUGCUUACAGGACAUCCAAUUUAUAUAAUAAUAUGUUUCGAGCGGUAAAAUCAUUACUCAGUAGUUAGGAAACUUCAACAAAUCGAGUUUAAAAUUUGCCUGGGCAAAAGAGGCUUGCAGUACAGGAACUGAUUUUAAACCUACCCUCUGUCGUUGUGUUGUUUCCAGGCUUUCCUAGACGCUGAAAAGAGUUGCGCGAAAAAUCACCUUAGUUGGUGAUGUGAUAUCAUCAUCAAACAUCACCUUUCAUUACCCUAACCGUAUGAACCUUUCAUGCAAGAGAAGGAAAAAGCAAGAGAUUCUCAUAAACUAAAGUAAAAUUUCUUCAUAGGCAAAGAACAGGGGAUCAUGAUCAAAGCAAAGAAUUUAUAUGAUUAAAAGUUAUUACACACAAAAAAGCCAAACUAUUUUUCCAGGCCAAUGCCAUCCAAGACAGCAGGUGACCACAACACUAACAGCUGCAUUGACACUCGGCAGCUGCCACCGCCACUUGUACUAGAAAGAACGAUAUGAUGUAUCAAUAGAUACACCACAGUAUCGUUUGGUGAUGCUUAGUGAUAUCUUGUGAUGUGAUAUCACAGCGGCAUCAACAUUAUAAAAUAUUACUUAUCACAAAAGUAAUAUCAUUAUUAUUCGUCCGCUAGUGGUGAUUCGAGAUGUCGUAAUGUGAUGAUGUUUGGAUUGCGCUCGGCAAUGGUAAAGUGAUAUUACACUCUGAAAUAAUAUCACUUUUUUGAUAUUUCAUACAUCACCUGCCCAUUUCUAAUGCCAAAGCGAUAACUCAUCUUUAUAAUGGUUUCUUCGAUGGAUUAAAUUUAAGAUACAAAUUCAUAGUAUUGUUCCAAAUAAAUUACAUAUGAAUCGUUAAAUUGCUCUGUCCAAUCUGUACUACGCCACUUCAUACUUCACUUUGGCUAUAUACAUAGUUGAUGUUCGCAUCGAAUCGUACCUCCCACAUUUUUUCUCGUUGAGUUGAUUAUGCGCAUGCUCAUCGUGUCAUUGAGUUUGUGUUCUGUGAUAUAGUGUACUGAGAUUUGUCGCGUUUGAAACGGUUCGAAUUUGUCGCCUCUUUUGCGGCGGUUCGCCUGCUUUGUGAUAAGUCGCAUCACUCACUUGAACGAAACAGCGUCUGAAAUAUCAUAAAUUGGGGAAAUUCACGGAAACUUAGAAAUAUAAUCAUAAGGUAAAAUUGCAAAAUAAAAAAAAAUAGCGAAAAAUAGCAAAAUAAAAAAAAUACCCCGGAAGCUGCGGGUGGGAACAUCCACGAUGGAUUACAUCUUCAUCCGAUCCUUUUGCUUUUAGGCAAUGCUAGAUGCUUUUUGCGAUUGAAGUCUCGGGAUCCGCUUAGUUGUGACAAAUUCCGGUCCAUGACACUUUUUAAUGGACUUUUAGUAUACCUGGCUUAUUUUCACUUACACUUGCCUUAUCUGCACUUCACUUUCUUUUGUGGGCCUAAAGAUGGUCCAAGAAACGACAAAGAACCUCCAGAGGUGAGGUAUUUUCCUUCUCCUUUCUUGUCAAGGGUAACGGGGCAACCUUACGAUUCACUAUUACUGGAGUGAUUCAACCAUUAUCAAAUCCGCGUCUUCACCAAGACGCUCGAUUGAGAGUUCAUAUAUAUCUAAAUAUUGUUCCACUGACGUUGAUAAGCUCGCUGAGCUAUUUGGGUUUAUCCUCGUCCUUCUUUCUGUGGAAUGUCGAAUCCGAAUCUAGCUCCACGUUCCGAUCAUUUCUCAGGCAUCUCUGAAAAUUUUAAUUUGAGCUUGAAAUAUAUAAAUUUGUGCAAUCAUUAAUUCGAACGAAUCCACGGAGUGUUUUUAAUUGUUGGGUUUUUUUAAUCCAAAGGGUGAUUUUUCGUAUUGCAUUUUUUCACCUUUAAAAAGUUCUAUCAAAGUGCACGAAUUCAUUUGAACACUUUUUCCACUGUUUUCUUUAAUUCUCAGUCAGGCAGUUGAUGGUACUUUUCCUUUCUACAUUGAUGGACAGACUAUUGAAGGCGUUGAUCAAUUCAAAUUUAGGUAGCAUUGUUUUUGCCGAUGGUCGCACACAACUCGAUGUAAUUCGAUACAUGCGCUUUCACUCUUAUGUCCAAUGUCUGAAAAUGUAAGCAUCCCAACACCAAUAUCAAGUCGAGGCUGUUCCACACCAAUCUUCUCUCUGUGCUGCUAGAUGGGUAUAUGAGAGUAGUAUAAGGAAGUCGAAUGCCAGUUUGGGGAAAAAAAUUUCCCCGAUAAUUUAAAAGAAACUUUUUUACUUCUUGACAUAUUCUCUAUUUACAAAACGUUAGCACUACUUAUCACCGAUUUAUUAUUUCAGAAAUCAAAGAAAAUUAAUUGUAUAAAUCAACUUUUGAAAAGAAAUUUUAUUUUUCUUUCCGACUGUGGGUGGUCAAUGGACAUUUGCCACCCCAGUCCCAUGUCAGGCCAUCAGCUAUUUCUACGACCAUUGAAUGCAGCAGUAGAGGCGAAUUCACAAUGGCACUCAAUGGCACUAAUUUGUUAAGCCUUCGCCGCCUUUAUUAAUGCUCUACAGCCUUUUCCAAAUCUUGAUUUCCAGGAUGCUAUGACUCCAAAAUCUCCAUCGUUACCACUCUGUUGUUUAAUUCCUGAAUUGUCUAGUGUGUCUAGUUUUCCCUCGAUUAUUUUUUUGGGUGCACCUUAGAAUUCAUGACUACUCGCCAUCGACCUUCAUUGCACUUCGUAAUGAUUCUUCUAAGAACCUUCCUCCCACUAUCCCUCAACCCUUUCUUGAAUGUGACUAAAAUAUACUAAACUAGAUUUCUACGAUGAAACGUUUAUGUAAUCGAUGUCAGGAAUGUUUGCUCUCUUAGUUUAAUGUUUAGCUGUUUUUUGUUGUAUCCGGCGGUCUAAGAGUCCAGGCUAUCAGCUCUCAGCCAUAAUUUUAAAAUCCCCCUGGAUUCAUCCGUUUCUUCAUAGAGUAUGCGAUGGUCGACCUCAUGGAGCUCAUCAACUUGUGCGCAGGUGCGGACGAGUGUCGGGUGGAAGGUUUUGAUGAGUCGGAGAUUGUCCCUCAGCAGACGCACCAACCCCGACUCUGCGAGACCCGAUCUCUUAUCGAAGACUGGAUCACUUGUGAGUCUUGAGUUCUCCCCGUAUACCAGCUCCGCGGGGCUGGCAGCCAAUUCCUCUCGGCGGGUUGUACGUAGGCCGAGUAGGACGAGAGGUAAAACUUAAGUCCAGGACGGAUCGUCGUGUGCCAUAAUGGCGGCUUUCAGCGUCCGGUGCCAUACCUUUGUUUAAAUUCAUUUGACUGGAGAAAGAGUAUAAUUUGAAUAAUUGCGUGUUCAGAUCACGUUGGGGUCACCAAUGAACUGCUACGUAUAAUCCAAUAUCUGGGGCGAUGUUCUCAAGGCAUAGCACACACCAUAUGAAAUUUAGUGUACUAAAUGAAAUGAAAUGCAAAAUCAUCCGAGUUUUCCAAAUACUAAUUUAAAUGAAAUAUUUUAUUGAAAUAUUGAAAUAUAAUACAAUAUUUUAGAGAAAAGUAAAUCACUACUAAUUGUUUUAAUUCACUGUUAUCAAUGCACGCGCCUGUCCGCAGUCAAGGCUGGAGGCAGAAGAGACCGAUUAUUCUCCAUGCGGUCCCUCUGCCUCCAACCAACCGCACUUUUUCACCGCUGGCUCUCCACUCCUGUGGCGAGUUCUAAAACGCGUUGAGAGCGCCGUUUCGAAUGCUGCCAAUUCUGCUGCGCCACAAACUCUGCCUCUGCCUUGCUAUGCUCUCCGAAAAUCGGAAAGGGAGAAAACAAUACAUAACACAGUUGACGCGCUACCUUAUCCACUAAGAAGACAAUCCUUCUGUUUUGAUUUUCUAAUCUUUUCUCAUUCCCUUAAAAUUUACUAAAUGAAAUUCAUCAUUUAAAUCUUUGCUAUGAAAAAUAGUGAAUUAACAAGGUUUUCAUUGCAAAGAACGUGGUUUUCCAUUUGGCCAGAUGUUGUAAAAGAGACCUGUCUCAUCAGUGAGCUUGAAAACUUUUAUCAACUGUGGAAAUGAACUUUUGAUCUAUUCAUGUCCUGAAAUUUCAUCAACUAAGGGUUUCUUCAAUAUAUUUUUUUGAAGGAAGGAAUUUUUGCGUUUUGUGUAAACACAAAACCUUAUUAAAAUCGGUUUACUGUCUUUCUGCCCGUCCGUCUGUCUGUCUGUCUGUCCGUCACACG